AUGGACGUACAGUGGACGUGGACGUGGACGUGGACAUGGACGUGGACGUGGACGUGGACGUGUACGUGGACGUGGACAUGGACAUGGACGUGGACGUGGACAUGGACGUGGACGUGGACGUGGACGUGGACGUGGACGUGGACAUGGACGUGGACAUGGACGUGGACGUGGACGUGGACGUGGACAUGGACGUGGACGUGGGACAUGGACGUGGACGUGGACAUGGACGUGGACGUGGACGUGGACGUGGACGUGGACUUGGACGUGGACAUGGACGUGGACUGGACGUGGACGGGACGUGGACGUGGACGUGGACGUGGACGUGGACGUGGACGUGACAUGGACAUGGACGUGGAUGUGGACGUGGACGUGGACGUGGACGUGGACGUGGACGUGUGA